AUGAAGUCAUUUAACUUUAUUUAAUGUUAGAUAACCAGAGUAAAUAUCGACAUUUAUAUCUAUAAGAGAAAAGAUGAUUCUAAAAAUAUCAGUAUAUUCGUGCUAGCAAAGUGUAGAAAAGUGAAAUAUGACGAAGGAAAAAGUGAUUUUGGCAUAUUCUGGUGGUCUUGACACCAGUUGCAUUUUGAAGUGGCUACUGCAGAAGGAUUACGAUGUGAUCUGCUACAUCGCAAAUAUAGGCCAAGAUGAAGAUUUUGAACAAGCAAGAAAAAAAGCGCUGGAUAUCGGAGCAUCUAAGGUAGUUAUUGAAGACGUCGAAGAAUCCUUCGUAAAAGACUACGUUUGGCCUGCAGUACAAGCUGGACUCGUCUAUGAAUCUAGAUAUUUGCUGGGCACUUCUCUUGCCAGACCCUGCAUUUCCGUAGGUCUUGUGAAAUGUGCCAAAGAGAAUCACGCAAAGUACAUUUCUCACGGUGCGACAGGGAAAGGCAACGACCAGGUGAGGUUCGAGCUCUCCUGCUACUCCUUAUGCCCCGAGAUCGAGAUCAUCGCUCCAUGGCGUAUGGAAGAGUUCACUUCGAGGUUCCAAGGCAGACAGGACCUCAUGAGGUAUGCCGGCGAACACGGCAUUCCCGUGGUAGCCACACUCAAAGCGCCGUGGAGUAUGGACGCCAACCUGAUGCACAUCAGCUAUGAAUCCGGAGUUCUAGAAAAUCCUGCGAACGAACCUCCGAAAGAUUUGUUUUUGAUGACGAAGGAUCUGAAAGACGCCCCAGAAAAACCGACUAGCCUUACAGAUGGCGCUUGCGUAUUUGAGAUUUCUUUUGGACGUCGAAAUACAGUAUAUGGUUGGCUGUGACGUUAACACCUCUCACUUUGACAAAACAGGUUGGAGAUACACUUUAAGGAAGGAUUGCCAACGCUGCUGAAAACAGAUAAUAAAAGCUAUGCGAAACCCUUGGAAAUACUAAGCUUACUCAACAAAAUUGGAGGAGAACAUGGUGUCGGAAGAAUCGACAUCGUAGAAAACAGAUUCAUUGGUAUGAAGUCUAGGGGAGUAUAUGAAACCCCUGGCGGCCACAUUCUUCACACAGCACAUAAGGAUAUCGAACUAUUUUGUUUGGACAAAGAAGUGUACAGGUUGAAACAGAGCUUGUCUGAACAUCUGGCAGACUAUGUAUACAACGGUUUUUGGUUUUCUCCCGAAGGAGAAUAUGUCAGAAAAUGCAUUGCUCUUGCCGAACAAUCCGUGAAUGGCUUUGUCAAAGUUGAAAUUUAUAAAGGAAACGUGACAAUCCUUGGAAGAUCUUCGGAAACAUCGAUGUAUAAUGAAGAUCUCGUGUCAAUGGAUAAACAUUCCAAUUUCAGUCCCAGUGACGCUACCGGUUUCAUCAACAUUCAGGCACUGAGAUUGAAAGAGUAUUAUCGUAUUAAUGCCCGUAUCUCGAAUACAAAAUAAUAAAAUUAUAACUAAAGAAAAAUAUAUAUCCCAACCACAAUAAACAAUUUUAUAUAUAUAUAUAUAUAUAUAUAUAUAUAUAUAUAUAUAUAUAUAGGUGAAAAAUUAAAGCUUCCGCCUUUU